CGUUCGACCCAACCACUAUCGGGGUUCUAAGAUAAAAAUAUAAAAAAACCGGUGAAAGAAAAACCCCACCGCCUAAUCCAGAACUUCGACGCUGUCCAAGUAAAAUCGAACCUCGCCCAGUGCCGUUAGUGUCGUUGAAAAUGGCCAAGACUUUAGAGAAGACGCGGAAGCAGAUCUCGAAGAAGAGGAAUGGAGUCGUUGAUUCACUUCAUGAGUUCAGCCGGGAUUCCAGGCGACUCCGUCGAGCGCUGCUCAGAGACGAACGCCUUGAGAAAAUGGCUGGAUCCAGGAAAAAGAAUAAUAAACCCCUCUUAGAGCGAGCGUCCUUCUUCCAACGGGCUAUCCGUGAGAAUGACGGUCGGCCGCUUCAAAUAGAGGCUGUCCAGUCCAAGAUUCAAGAGUUUAUACACCAAUACGAUGAAGAAUACGAGACAAUUACGAAGGCCCGUCGCGCUGGCAGAGGAGCCAGUGCAAGAGAAGACCUCCUUAAAGCCAAGAUCUCCUCCCUUGAAAAGGAGUAUCAGAAUGGUUUCUUCCUACCCGACCUCACAACAGUAGAAAAUGUUCCGCUUCUUGAUCGUUGGGAAGGGACUUGGUCUUAUCUCACAAAUGUUACCUGGGUUAGAGUCAACACCUCCGGAAACGUGCAACCGUCAAGCUUCCCUCCGAGAAAUUGAACCUUCAUUCCUUCCUCUUUCUUUACUCCUUUUUCUUGAGCUGGGAAGGAUGUUUUCUCUGGCACAGUCACGAUUAUACCCAGCUGGUCUCGCCACCGCUCUAUCUACUUCGGUUUUUCCUCAGCCAAUGGCGAGGGUUCGGAUGUUCCACAUGUGUCCGCUGCCUAUGGGAGCAUGGCUCUAUGGUG